UUCACCUUUGAACAAAUGAUAAACCAAGCCCAGCUCAGGACACUGCCAAAAUCUGACAUUAUGAAUUGGAAAACAAUCAUUUAUUUUAUUUUGUUAUUAAGCUUUACUGUAGCCAAAGCCGUGCCCAGAAGUUAUCGGGAUGUAGAGGCAAAACCCACCAUUGGCCAACACUUUUCCCAGCUGCAGGAGAGUAAUUUUAAAGCCAUUGCCAUGAUCAUGUUUGCCCAGUACGUGCAGGAAAGUACUUUCGGCAAAAUAGUUAAAAUGGCUGAAGAUGUCACUGACCUUGCCAAAAGGUGUGCUGCUGCAGGCAAAGACAACCAGGAUUGCCUGAAGCCCUUGGACAGAAUUUUCUUUGAUACAAUAUGCCAAGAGGAAAGUCUUCCCAGGUUUGCUGACUGCUGUGCUAAAAAAGGCUCUGAAAGAAAUGACUGCUUCCUCUCUCAUAAAAACUCAACAAAAGGAUUCAUUUCUCCUUUUGAAAGACCAAAUGCUGAAGCUGCCUGCAAAAAUUAUUCACGGCACCAACAUUCAUUAACAGGAUAUUUUAUCUAUGAGGUUUCCCGAAGGCAUCCUUUCCUCUAUGCCCCAACAAUCCUUUCUGUGGCUAUUCAUUAUGAUGAGAUGAUGAGAAAUUGCUGCAGAAGCACCGAUGACCCCACUCAUAACCUGGACAAAUGCUUCCAGAGACAGGCACCAGAGGUGAUAAAGCCAAUAAAAGAAGACGGCCUGAAGCAGGAACACACAUGUGGAAUCUUAAAGAAAUUUGGAGAAAGGACUGUAAAGGCUCUGAAACUUGCUCAGAUAAGUCAAAAAUUCCCUAAGGCUGAUUUUGUUAUCAUUAGCAAGCUUGUAGUGGAUAUUGUCAACACACAUAAGGACUGCUGUCGUGGAGACAUGCUGGAUUGUAUGCAUGAUAAGGAACAGAUUCUAACCUAUGUCUGCACCAACCAAGACAGCCUAUCAAGCAAAAUUAAACACUGCUGUGAAAAGCCAUUGUUAGAAAGAAGUGAAUGUAUAAUUAAUGCAGAAAAUGAUGACAAACCUGCAGAUUUGUCCCCCCACAUCAGAGAGUUUAUAGAAGACAAAGGAGUAUGUGAACGUUUUGCUCAGGAAAAAGAUACCCACUUAGCCAGGUUUCUCUACGAAUAUUCCAGAAGACACCCUGAGUUUUCUGCUCAAAUGCUUUUGAGGAUUGGUAAAGGAUAUGAGGACUUACUGGAGAAGUGCUGCAAAACCAGUUCUCCAGAUGACUGCUGCAGGAGAGGGGAAGAAGAACUGAAGAAACACAUUCAUGAAACAGAAAGCGUGAUGAAGACAAGUUGUGACAUCUACAAGGAGAAAGGAGAUUGCUAUUUCCAAAACGAACUUCUCGUGAGCUUCACCAAGAAGAUGCCUCAGCUAACAUCUGCAGAGCUGAUAAAAUUCACCAAGCAGAUGACUAAAAUCGGCUCCAAAUGCUGCCAAUUAAGCCAAGACAAGCUACUGCCUUGUGCUGAGGAAAACCUGGAUCUUGUGCUCGGAGAAAUAUGUAGAAGACACCUGGACAAUCCUAUAAACCCAAGCGUUUGCCACUGCUGUAGUAGUUCCUAUGCUCUUAGGCGACCGUGCAUAGGGAAACUAGAAAUUGAUGAGAAUUACGUGCCCUUACCACUGACUCCCGGUCUAUUCACUUUCCACGAAGACUUGUGUACAACUGAAGAGGAACAGUUACAGCAUAAGAAGCAGGAAAUGCUCAUCAACCUCAUCAAAUACAAGCCCUACAUCACACAGGAGCAGCUGACCUCCGUCACUGCAGCUUUCACUGCCAUGAGAGAGCAAUGCUGCAAAGAAGAAAACCACGAGGCGUGUUUUAUGAGAGAGGGACCAGAACUUAUAAAAAGAAGUGAAAAAAUGCUGUCAGCAUGA